AUGGCUGCCGCUACAAGACGUGGGUCCGUUAGCCACAAACCUUUAGCUCGGUUUAGUUUUCCGAGACCGAUGCCUGUGCAGAACGAAGGCCUCGACCAAGUGCCUGUAUGCGAGAUGCUACGCCGCCGGAAAAUCCGCUUGUGUGUACUUGUCCGAGCCGUUGGCCUCAAGUUUAACGUCAUUCGUCUUAAAACACACAAGAAAAAUCCCACAAACUAUUAUAAUAUUAGUAUAACGAAUACGGUGUGUGUGAUUAGCUCGACCGACCGGCGUGUCCUCCGACGUGUGUUGACACUCGCACACAAGGCUGAAUCUUGCGUCGUCGUCCACUUCGAUCCAUAUCUCGUGUACUUUUCUGAUCAAAUGCGUUAUUGCGUUACCCUUCGUAGACACGCUAGCACCGUGAUUAGACGGAACUAUGCUGUUACAUACUGGACGAAGUACGACAUAUUUAACAAAAAAUAA